AUGAAACUGAAUUGUUUAGAGAAUUACUAUGGUAAUCAUUGUCAAGUUUAUUGCAAACCCGAACCAUCUCGAUAUACAUGGAAUUCAGAUGGCUCAUUUAAUUGUACUCCAGGUCGACGAGGGAAAGAAUGUGAAAAAGAAGAUUCGUGUUAUUAUGAACCAUGCGGUGAUCAUGCAACAUGUAUAAAUAAAAACCACGGAACUGGACGUAUUUGUGUUUGUGGUGGGGAAGAAAAAUCAGAAUGUUAUCCAGAUCGUAAUCCGUGUCAGUCAAAUCCUUGCCAAAAUGGCGGUGAAUGUCAACUUAGCGGACACUAUAAUAAAAGUUUCACAUGUCAGUGUACGGAACAAUGGACUGGACAUCGAUGUACUGAGAGACGGUCAGCGUGUCUGGAAGAAGCCUUAAAACUUCAAAAUUAUGAUAAUUUUGCAACCGAAUAUGAUGUUAAUAACACAGAAUUGCCGUCAGUUUGUUUAAAUGGUGGAACAUGUUAUGAGCAUUCAACAAAAUUUGAAGUUAGUUGUCUAUGCUUACCUGAAUGGACUGGUGAUAGAUGUGAGUUGUCUGUGGAGUUGGAGUCGUGGAAAACCAACUGGAUAUUACUCACACUAAUAGCUACAGGCGUUAUUCUCAUCACAAUAUUAACAGUCGGUAUUGUCUGGAAAUGCGUCAGCAAAAAACGUAUAGCCAAACUGAAUAUCAAACCUGCAGCCAUUGUAUACUAUCCCAAUCCUAGAAAUUCAGCCCAAUCAAAUUAUAGUCGUCCAAGCCCAUUGAAUCCAUAUUCGUUGAAUAGUACUUGGAAUGUUCCACCAACUACUGUCAAACCACCUAAUGCUCUUCAUUCAAAAUAUCUUGGGCCAAGUCCACUUGAAGAUGAAUAUGAUGAAUUUGAUCCCCUAGGUAAAUAUGCUGGUACAGCCAUAUACGCAACUCCAUUCCUACCAGAUGAUAUUAAACAAGAGGAAUAUGCAAGAGUUAUAGGAAGGGCAGAUGAAAACGAUAAAUAA